AACGAUGAUCACCAUUGACGACGCUUGGAAAAUGUUUGUGGUAAUCCGGGAAAAUUUAAAUCAAUCAUGGCAGUAACUCCUAGCGCUUUACCGAAAAUCCGCAAAAUAACCUCGCCCCAGACCCCAAAUGAAUAUAAUGGCCAGUUCAAAGCAACCCAACUCUGGAAUGAUAUCAUCUGGAUGCUGAAAAAGAAUGUUGCAGUUAGAAAACGGCGUUUGAAGAAGCGGAUUUUUCAGACGUGCUUUACUGGGGCAGAUGCUGUUAACACAGUGUUAGAAGUCCUGCAGGAUGAAAGCUUUAGUAGCAGCGUCAAGGAAGUUUCCCGCGAAAAAACAGUCAAACUUUGUCAAGCAUUCCUUGACAGUCGAGUGUUCCAAGCAGUCUCCAGUAAAGAUGAGGACAAAUUUGAGGACAGUAGUUCUAAGUAUUACAAAUUUGUGGAUGAUUCAGACUCUGACUCUGAGACAGAAAGUAACUCUUCAAAAUGUCAACAUGACAUCAGUACAACCAGCAUUACUUCAACUCGGUCAGAGAAGAUAACGAUCGCUGAGAAGUUCAGAAUAAAUCGCGAUCUGGAACCUGAUCUGACCGAUGGCGUGAUUAGCAACCCGCUUGUGAUCAACCAACGAGGACAGAUAGUCCAAGAACUACUUGGACUUAGCAACUCCAAGUUGAGACACAGCACACCAGAGUUGAGAAGAAGGAAUCUCUCACCUUGCAAUCUGUUUAAGAGAAGGAAUACACUCACACAUGAUGCAGCUCCACACAGAGAUAUCUUUACCUCAAGAGUUUCUGAUGACAUCCUGAGAGAGAUUGCUUUGUCUCGCCUCUUACGACUGGUCGACCUCCCAAUCUUGGACGGCCUACUCUGCAUAACAUAUAAAUAUAAGUCUCAGCCCAUCGGUGCUUUCAAUGCUAAUUUUAGGGCUUGUCGGUCUCCUAUGAUGAUUGAAGGGUGCUAUGAUGAUUGGACCAAGACUGCCUUGGAUGUCCUAGAAUACGUUCCAAAAGGUACAAAAGUGAUGGAGGCGUAUCUUACCGAAUCAAAUGAGAUUGUUCAGAAACUAAAGCUAUAUCAGGGUGUGAUUGAUCACUAUUCAGAUGUUUGUGAUCCCUUGAUACCGGAGGGCUUUACAGAAUUGGUGGUCGCCAUUCUCAAUCUGAUUAUGCAGAGGAAGUACUUCCUGACGAUCGAGGCGAUACAGUUAUUAUUGGUGCUGCUGCCAUACUCCUUGAAGGAUGAGAUUGAGAAGUUGAUCAGGUUCAUAUGGGCUGUCAGUCGUGAAGACAAGAUAGUCCUUGAUGAAAAGCUUUCUAAUCGUGCUCUGAUGGAGAAGACGGUGAGUCCUGUGUUAGUGAGGAACAACAUCCUGGCAGCCAACCAAGCGUCCCAGAUUGUGAUGUUCAUGCUCGACAAUCAUGAUGAGGUGUUCCUCGUGCCCCGAGGUGUCCAAGAGCAGGCUGAUCUCCGCAUAAUGGCACUGAAGACUGGACGGUUGCCGCCUAUCAUGGAGCACGCUGAAUUCAGUAAUCAGUUUACGUACUGUGAAAGAAUAACAGAGGAAGACUUCAUAAAUCAGACUGUGACAUCAACAGAGACGGCCCUCCGUGAUCUCAUGAACAAUAUCCUGGAUGACACCAAAAUACCAUUGAAGGAGAAGAAAACUCGGCUGAAACAGCUACUGAAAGAGCAUCCGGAAGUCUUCAACAAAUACUUCGCUGAAUAUUUAUGAGUUACAUACAACAAAUGUUAGGUGUGACUAUGUUUUAAAUGCUGGCUUGCAAACUUCUUGAGCAUUCUGAGCUGGAUAAAGCGCUUGUGUUAUUGUAUUUUAUUUAAUCGAAAAUGGAACUGUAACCAGUGUUCUUAUUAUGAUUUUGUCCAAGUGCCUUCUUAUUAGGCGAAUAUUCUGAUUGUAAAUAGUGUUGAAAUGUGAACAGAAAGGUUAUCAACAUCUUUGUGAAGGGGAAAGCAGACUUUUACAUUCCAGGACCGCAUCAGUAGGCCUAUGUUUGGAUGUCAUUUUAUCUUUUUUUAUUCAUCGACUUCAUUUCAUGAUCCAAUGAUAUGUUGGUAGAAACAAAUCUGCAAUUAUGGAAAUGGCUCUUGUGAUUUCAUCUUUUUAAACAUUUUAUACUGUCUGUUUUACACUUA